CUCUGCACAGUCACCUGUCUGUCUCUCUGCUCCUGCACCCAGCCCUCCAGCACCUCCAGCACCCGGCCCUCCAGCACCUCCAGCAUCCGGCCCUCCAGCACCUCCAGCACCCAGCCCUCCAGCACCUCCAGCAUCCGGACCUCCAGCACCCAGCCCUCCUGCACCAUGGCACAAAUGCGCACAGACCCCCCGACAGAAAUGGAGCGCAACAUGGAGAAGAUAAUUGUGAUUUUCCAGCGUUUCGCGGGGAGGGACGGCUGUGCCGACACCAUGACGUACCAGGAAUUCGAGGACUUCAUGAAAACCGAGCUCUGCUCUUUCACCUUUAACCAGAAGAAUAAGGACAUCCUGAAACAACUGAUGAAGUCCGUCGAUGGGGGGAUGGACAAGAAACCAGACAAUAAAUUGGACUUCCAGGAAUUCCUCAAUCUGAUUGGUGGGAUGAUGGUGGGCUGCCAUGCUGCUCUGUGUCAACUCCCAGAGGGCUACAAGCCCAAACCAUCUGACAAGAAGCCCACGGACACUGAGUCGGCCAUGGAGAGAAUUGUGCUCGUUUUCCAGAAGUACGCGGGCAAGGGCGGCGACAAGUACCAAAUGGACUACAAGGAAUUCGACGCUUUCAUGAAGACAGAGCUGAAAACGUUCACACGGAGCCAGAAGGACCCCAACAUUGUGCAGAAGCUGAUGAAGCAGAUUGACGGCUCGGUGGAUGACCAGAAGGACGGACAGAUCAACUUCCAGGAGUUUAUGAACCUGGUGGGGGGCAUCAUGGUGUCGUGUCAGGAAAUGAUGUUGAGGAGCACUCGCCCCAACAAACACUGAACCCCUCAAUUUCCCAUGUCAAUUGUUCUGUGAAGAUUUCCUGCUGACUUGUAAUAAACUAAUUCCACAUC